GGGGAAGAGAUAUGCUGGCUGGCUGCUACAGUAACUUCCAGUGGCAGGGCUGGUUGUAGCAGCCAGCAGGGUCCUGUCUGCUACUAACCUCUCUCUCUCUCUCCCUGAGCCUUGAGCCACGGCCCUAAACCUACGCCCUUCGUCCCUCAGCACGGACUACCCAGGGGCCUCUUUUCUAACACCCCAUUUAGAGCCUACUGAGAAGGAUUACAACGUUAGGCUGUUAGGGACAGCGUUUCCUGUAGUUACAGCUGAGACAUUUGGAAGUUUAUUCUUUGGAGGAGGAAGUAUGGUCUCUUGUUCGCUGGAGUAAGAUCUUUGGUGGCAGAACUUUUCUUGGAUUUGACUUUGGGUUUUUCUUUUAUUUGAAGAAAGAAGUUGAACACCUCUGGUUUCUCCUCUUCUUUCCCUGUGGACGUGUUUAUUGGAGAGGUAGAGAAGCGAGGGAGGGAGCAGCAUGGAGGAGUGAAGCAGACGGAGGUGUGGAUUGAUGAAUGGAUGAAUAGAAGCUGGAGAGAAAGAGCCUGGUCUAGUGAUGUGGUAUACAAUGUUGAUUUUGGGGCAGUAACUCUCAGCACCACAAACGAGAUAAGCUUGGUAGUGUGGGUGUUAUCUCUAGUGUACACUUGGUAGUGUGGAUGUUAUCUCUAGUGUACACUUGGUAGUGUGCGUGUUAUCUCUAGUGUACACUUGGUAGUGUGGGUGUUAUCUCUAGUGUACACUUGGUAGUGUGGGUGUUAUCUCUAGUGUACACUUGGUAGUGUGGGAGUUAUCUCUAGUGUACACUUGGUAGUGUGCGUGUUAUCUCUAGUGUACACUUGGUAGUGUGGGUGUUAUCUCUAGUGUACACUUGGUAGUAUGGGUGUUAUCUCUAGUGUACACUUGGUAGUGUGGAUGUUAUCUCUAGUGUACACUUGGUAGUGUGGAUGUUAUCUCUAGUGUACACUUGGUAGUGUGGAUGUUAACUCUAGUGUACACUUGGUAGUGUGGGUGUUAUCUCUAGUGUACACUUGGUAGUGUGGAUGUUAACUCUAGUGUACACUUGGUAGUGUGGGUGUUAUCUCUAGUGUACACUUGGUAGUGUGGAUGUUAACUCUAGUGUACACUUGGUAGUGUGGAUGUUAACUCUAGUGUACACUUGGUAGUGUGGGUGUUAUCUCUAGUGUACACUUGGUAGUGUGGGUGUUAUCUCUAGUGUACACUUGGUAGUGUGGGUGUUAUCUCUAGUGUACACUUGGUAGUGUGGGUGUUAUCUCUAGUGUACACUUGGUAGUGUGGGUGUUAUCUCUAGUGUACACUUGGUAGUGUGGAUGUUAACUCUAGUGUACACUUGGUAGUGUGGGUGUUAUCUCUAGUGUACACUUGGUAGUGUGGAUGUUAUCUCUAGUGUACACUUGGUAGUGUGGGUGUUAUCUCUAGUGUACACUUGGUAGUGUGGAUGUUAACCCUCUUCUAAAGAAGCAGUCAUGUUGCUUGUACAGGGUGGUGUUUGACUUCGUCAGAACCUUCCAGAACCCUGGAUCACUGGGGCAGCAUGGAGCUGCUGAAUCUAACGUGAUCAAACUGUUCCAACUGGGAUCCUCCUUUAACCCUGUCCUUGGACAACACUGUCUGGUCCUCCUUCUCCCUGACUUCCUGAGUCUCUAGGGAACAUACAGACUCCUGUUCCAACUGGGAUCCUCCUUUAACCCUGUCCUUGGACAACACUGUCUGGUCCUCCUUCUCCCUGACUUCCUGAGUCUCUAGGGAACAUACAGACUCCUGUUCCAACUGGGAUCCUCCUUUAACCCUGUCCUUGGACAACACUGUCUGGUCCUCCUUCUCCCUGACUUCCUGAGUCUCUAGGGAACAUACAGACUCCUGUUCCAACUGGGAUCCUCCUUUAACCCUGUCCUUGGACAACACUGUCUGGUCCUCCUUCUCCCUGACUUCCUGAGUCUCUAGGGAACAUACAGACUCCUGUUCCAACUGGGAUCCUCCUUUAACCCUGUCCUUGGACAACACUGUCUGGUCCUCCUUCUCCCUGACUUCCUGAGUCUCUAGGGAACAUACAGACUCCUGUUCCAACUGGGAUCCUCCUUUAACCCUGUCCUUGGACAACACUGUCUGGUCCUCCUUCUCCCUGACUUCCUGAGUCUCUAGGGAACAUACAGACUCCUGUUGGGUUGUUGUUUGUCUGAAUACAGUACAUCUGAUAAAACCCAGUGGGUCGACCCCUACAGAUGCUGUCAGUGGGGUCGUCAGUGGGGUCGUCAGCAGCCGUAGUGAUGCGUCGUGGGAACGCCGGCGGUUGGAACGUUGGCGUUGGUGCCAGGAUGACAUGGAUCAUCACCCUGUGGAUUAUCUGGUCCAGCUGGCUCUGCUUCACGGCCAACGCUCAGAUGAAGAUACCGCCAGAAACGGUUCAGCAAUGGGCCGUCUCCUAUGGAAAACAAAUCAUUUCUCUUUCAACAAAAUACUCUGGGGCUCUUCUACUUCAAAAGAAAUACAAAGACAUUGAGCCCACGGUGAAGAUGGAGGAGGUGGACGGAGAGGAACUGGUGAAGAAGUUUGCUGAGGAGAUGGAGGGCAUGCUGGGUAGGAAGAUGAAGUCUGUCAAGAGACUGGCGGAGGCAGCGGAGGACGCUGAUCUAUACCAUGAAUUCAACGCUACCUUAGAGUUUGACUACUAUAACUCUAUGCUGAUCAACUCAGUGGAUAAAGAUGGAAACCCUAUCGAGCUGGGAGGAGAGUUUCCUCUGGAAGAGAAUGAACACUUCAACAAGCUCCAGGUCAACACUCUGCAGAGCGACAUACAGGUUCCCACCAACGUUUACAACAAAGACCCUGGUAUUCUAAAUGGGGUGUACAUGUCGGAGGCCCUGAACGAUGUGUUUGUGGAUAACUUCCAGAAGGACCCUACUCUAACCUGGCAGUACUUUGGCAGUGCUACUGGCUUCUUCAGACUGUACCCAGGCAUCGCAUGGACCCCAGAUGAAAAUGGUGUCGUCACGUUUGACUGCAGGAACAGAAACUGGUACAUCCAGGCUGCGACCUCUCCCAAGGACAUCAUCAUCGUAGUGGACGUCAGCGGGAGUAUGAAGGGUCUUAGGCUCACUAUCGCCAAGCACACUAUUAACACCAUCCUGGACACACUAGGGGAGAACGACUUUGUCAAUGUCAUCGCCUACAGCGACUACGUCCAAUACGUGGAACCCUGCUUCAAGGGCACCCUGGUCCAGGCUGACCUGGACAACCGAGAGCACUUCAAGUUGCUGGUUGAGGAGCUCCAGGUAAAAGGAGAGGGCAAAGUCAAGAAGGCCAUGAAGGAAUCCUUCAAAAUCCUCAAUGAGGCUGCAUCGUUGGGUCAGGGCAGUCUGUGUAACCAGGCCAUCAUGCUGAUCACUGACGGAGCCAUGGAGGAUUAUGAGGAAGUGUUUCAGGAGUUCAACUGGCCAGAACGCAGGGUCCGUGUGUUUACUUACCUUAUUGGUCGAGAGGUGACCUUCGCUGACACUGUGAAGUGGAUUGCUUGCAACAAUAAAGGUUACUACACACACGUCUCCACGCUGGCCGAUGUUCAGGAGAAUGUCAUGGAGUACCUUCACGUUCUGAGUCGACCAAUGGUCAUCAACCAUGAUCAUGACAUCAUCUGGACAGAGGCUUACAUGGACAGUGCGCUGUUCAACACCCAGGCUCAGAGCCUGCUCCUCAUGACCUCUGUGGCCAUGCCUGUGUUCAGCAAGAAGAAGGAGACGUUGUCUCAUGGUAUUCUGCUGGGGGUUGUGGGUACUGACGUCCCGCUGAGAGAGCUGAUGAGGCUGGCUCCUCGAUACAAGCUGGGUGUCCAUGGUUACGCCUUCCUCAACACCAACAACGGUUAUAUUCUGGCCCACCCUGCCCUCCGACCCCUGUAUAAGGAGGGAAAGAAGCUGAAGCCAAAACCCAACUACAACAGUGUGGAUCUGGCUGAGGUGGAGUGGGAGGACACAGAUGAGACAUUGAGAACUGCCAUGGUAAAAGGAGAGACAGGGACUCUGUCCUUAGACGUCAGAGCCACUGUAGAGAAAGGGAGAAGAGUCAUGUUUCUGAAGAAUGACUACUUCUACACAACCAUCAACGAGACACCGUUCAGUCUUGGCAUGGUGCUGACCAGAGGGCACGGUGAAUACAUCUUCAUGGGGAACGUGUCUGUAAAGGAAGGUCUCAAUGACCUGAUGCAGCCAGAUGUGUCCAUCGCAAAUGAGUGGACCUACUGUGAGACAGACAUUGACCCUCACCACCGCAAGCUGACCCAGCUCCAGGCUGUGUUUCGAUACCUCACUGGGAAGGAACCUGAUCUGGAGUGUGAUGAGGAACUGUUGAGACAGACUCUGUUUGAUGCUGUGGUCACAGCCCCCAUGGAGGCUUACUGGACAGCAUUGAUGCUCAACCCAUCUGGUAUGGACGAGGGGGUGGAGACAGCGUUCCUGGGGACCCGGUCUGGUCUGAUGAGGGUCAGCAGAUAUGUGGGCAUUGAGAAACGUGUUGCCAAGAAAUUCCUGUCUCCGUCGGACAAGGAGAACAUCUUUACAAUGGACCACUUCCCCGUGUGGUAUCGCCGCGCUGCAGAGUACCCCGCCGGCAAGUUCCUGUACUACAUCCCCAAAGAGGACACCAGAGAGGCGUCAGGGAGGAUGGUGAUCGCCACCACAGCUGUGACUGUCACCGUGGGAAAGAAGACUGCAGUGGCUGGAGCCAUUGGGGUUCAGAUGGCACUGGACCUGUUAGAGACCAGGUUCUGGGCUACAGCUAAGCAGCCCAAUGACACAGACUGCUCUAACACAGAGGGGAUUUGUCCGCUUACAUGUGAGGCCAUGGACCUGGCCUGCUACCUCAUCGACAGCAAUGCUUUCAUAAUCAUCUCCAAAGAGAAAAGCCAUGUGGGGAGGUUCUUUGGAGAAGUUGACGGCUCAGUGAUGGCACGCCUUAUCAAGAUGGGCAUGUUCAAAAGGGUCUCUCUGUACGACUACCAGGCCAUGUGUAAGAUGGGAGGACAUUCUGCCAGCAGCGCCAGACCCCUUCUUAGUCCCUUCUAUGGUCUGGCGGCUGCUUUAAAGUGGUUCCUCACCAACUUCCUACUAUUUUUACUGGAGUUCAACAUCUGUGGUCUCUGGCACUCUGACCGCUUUGCUGAAGCCAAGCCUGGCUUCAAAGCGUCGGCCCAGAAGAAGAAGGGAGACAUCCUGCAGCCAUGUGACACAGAGUACCCCAGCUUUGUCUACGAGCCCUCCAUCAAGGAGACCAACAGCCUCAUUAAGUGUGGACGCUGUCAGAAGAUGUUUGUAACCCAGGCUGUCCCUGACAGUAACCUGCUGAUGUUGGUGGUACAGGCAGACUGUGACUGUUCCCGUCAGUACCCAGCUAUCACCAUGGAACCCAAGGAAGUGAAAUAUAACGCCUCAGUAAAGUGUGACAGGAUGAAAUCUCAGAAGGUCCGUAGGAGACCCGAGUCCUGCCACGCCUAUCACCCUCAGGUCAGCACCCCGUAUUGGUUCACUGCCUCCCAAUAACGACACCUCACUUCAAGUGGAUGGAUUGACAUCAGGAGAUAACAUGUGUUGUACUAUGCUCAUUGCUCCCUUCAUUUCAAACUGAGUUUUUGUUAUCCUAAGAUCAAAAACAUGAACUUACUGGCCUUAUGUAGUGUUCAUUAUACCACUGGCUGUAACUGUGUGUGUUAACGAUUGAUUACAGGAAAACGCCAAGGAGUGUGGAGAUGCAUCACAGAUCUACCUGUCUGUCUCUCUCUUCCUCACCUGUCUGACUGCCUCCUUCGCCUGUCUCAAGGCCUCCACGCUGGUCUUCCGAUGAUAGACAGACAGCUACUGAACCUAAACCCCACCCCCCUCUGAAAAUCUCCCUGGAAUAUUCCAGAAUGCCUGAAUUUAGCAUGCCUGCUACUGCUUGUGUUAUCUUUAUCAAUCUAUAUGACAGAAUGACUAAAAUUACGAUACUGAUCAUUUGGGCUGUUGGACUGAGAGGAAUAUGGCAGCUGUUAACUGACUCUAUGCUUGAUGACUUUACUAUCACAGAGAGAUGUUGACUUCAGAUGCUUGAUGACUUUACAAUCACAGAGAGCUGUUGACUUCAGAUGCUUGACGACUUUACAAUCACAGAGAGAUGUUGACUGACUCCAUGCUUGAUGACUUUACAAUCACAGAGAGCUGUUGACUUCAGAUGCUUGAUGACUUUACAAUCACAGAGAGAUGUUGACUGACUCCAUGCUUGAUGACUUUACAAUCACAGAGAGCUGUUAACUGACACCAUGCUUGAUGACUUUACAAUCACAGAGAGCUGUUAACUGACUCCAUGCUUGAUGACUUUACAAUCACAGAGAGCUGUUGACUGACUCCAUGCUUGAUGACUUUACAAUCACAGAGAGCUGUUGACUGACUCCAUGCUUGAUGACUUUACAAUCACAGAGAGCUGUUGACUGACUCCAUGCUUGAUGACUUUACAAUCACAGAGAGCUGUUAACUGACUCCAUGCUUGAUGACUUUACAAUCACAGAGAGCUGUUAACUGACUCCAUGCUUGAUGACUUUACAAUCACAGAGAGCUGUUAACUGACUCCAUGAUUGAUGACUUUACAAUCACAGAGAGCUGUUGACUGACUCCAUGCUUGAUGACUUUACAAUCACAGAGAGCUGUUGACUGACUUCAUGCUUGAUGACUUUACAAUCACAGAGAGCUGUUGACUGACUCCAUGCUUGAUGACUUUACAAUCACAGAGAGCUGUUAACUGACUCCAUGCUUGAUGACUUUACAAUCACAGAGAGCUGUUGACUUCCGUUGCUUGAUGACUUUCAAACACAACCACCAAAGUUGUGCUUCUUUGGACAACUGUUCUAAAACCAUGAAAGGGCAUUUUGGUUUCUUCUUCUUCAGUGUCUUAUAAGAGAACAUUAUAGUGUUUCUAUGCAAAAGGAAACAUACUUUCUUUGACCGUGGAAAGUUCCAGUAUCUCCAAUACUAUUCCAAAGGACUUGACUUUGCAAUAGGACCAUGGAAGACUAUCAGACUGUGGAUGAUGUGUUUUAUAAAUGGUUUUGAUAAAAUAAUACUCUGGAUUCAUGCAUGUGUAUGUCUGUUUACCUUAAGCCAUGAAAUGGAGGAUGAACCUUGGAUAAGGCAGAGGCAUCUUUGAACAGUGAUACAAUUCAGAUCGUGGAGUCAGUGACCUCUGCUGGUUGGAAUAUGACAUUGCAGGAUGGUGAUGAAUCAAGUGGAGACUGGCUGGCUGCUGAAGGAUGGAUGAACACAAUGGACUCAACUUCCACAUUGUUCUGUUCAUAACUCAUCAGUCUUUGGUCUACGCUCCACAAACACAUCAAGUAUCUACUAUUAAAUGUGGGCUGGGUUUUCACUGUUGGAAAUGGAUGGACUGUUUCAGGAAAAACCUUCAAGUCACAUAUCAUAUAUGCAAUCUAAGACUUACUAAACCAGUCGACUUAGUUGGCUUACUGCAAAACAAGAACCAUUACUGACCACCUACUUCUGUGUUGGACUACAAGGUGAAACAGCCAUUCUGUUAGAAGGAACAACAUUACAAUGUGAUGGACUACAAGGUGAAACAGCCAUUCUGUUAGAAGGAACAACAUUACAAUGUGAUGGACUACAAGGUGAAACAGCCAUUCUGUUAGAAGGAACAACAUUACAAUGUGAUGGACUACAAGGUGAAACAGCCAUUCUGUUAGAAGGAACAACAUUACAAUGUGAUGGACUACAAGGUGAAACAGCCAUUCUGUUAGAAGGAACAACAUUACAAUGUGAUGGACUACAAGGUGAAACAGCCAUUCUGUUAGAAGGAACAACGUUACAAUGUGAUGGACUACAAGGUGAAACAGCCAUUCUGUUAGAAGGAACAACAUUACAAUGUGUUGGACUACAAGGUGAAACAGCCAUUCUGUUAGAAGGAACAACAUUACAAUGUGAUGAUAUUAGGAUCUCCAAUGUGUUUUUCAUCUGAGUUUUCUGUGUGACUCCAAAUACUUUUAUGAUUGUUUAUAGUUUUUAGCUAAAUUCAUGCAUUAAAUUAUUAUAUUUUUGAGGACAUAAUGUCUUCUGUUUAAUUCAGAUGCCUUUAGUGAUGAAUUAAAUGAGUAUAAAAUGCAUCAUUCAGAAUAAUAUGAUGGGAUACUACUAGUAUUGCUUGCUGGACAUAUAACAGUACUGUAAGUUGUCACUGUCCAGUGAUAUUCUAAGUGGUCUUUUUUAGCAGUCUGUCCCUUUCACUUUGACAGUGAUGCUGUAAUGAUGUCAUAUCAUCAUGUGCUAACUGUCCUCAUGAUGCAGUAAUGCUGAUAAAAGAUGCUGUUGCCCAUGUGUAUGUAUGUAAUGUGAUUGACAUGUCCUGAGUCCUGUGUGUCUUCUGUGUGUCUGGCUUGGAUGUGUCCCAAAUGGUACCCUUAACCAUUUGUAGGUGCACUAGGGCCCAUAGGGAAUAGGGUACCAUUUGGAACACCGUCUGAGAGUCUAGGAGGCAAUAUGAUUGACACAGCACAGUUUGAUUGACAUGUAGGAUAAUCUGGAAUGGAUAAAUAAUAAUACAAUGAAUAAACUUCCUCUUUAUUUUAAA